CGGGAUUCAUACCAACACACCCAAUUAACAAUACCAGUCACUCUCACUCGUUUCUCUCUCUCUUUCUUUCUCUUUCUCUUUCUCUCUCAACUUGUGUUUUUUCUCUAUGCAGAAUUUCCCCAAUUUCUCCACUACCCUAUCUCUUCUGCUCCUCAAACUCCCACAUUCACACCCAGCAAUGCACGAUCUUCCGUACGAAUGCAAUUUUGAUAUUUGAUUUCCGACUUUGCCCUUUUUACCGCUGAAUUAGAAAUGCUUGAGGCAAUGGAAAGCUCAGUCAAUGGUGGGUUCUCUCAUUUGCAGAGCUGCGGAGACAGCAGCGAAGAGGAGUUAUCGGUGCUGCCACGUCACACCAAAGUGGUGGUAACCGGAAAUAACCGUACCAAAUCGGUGCUCGUUGGUCUCCAAGGUGUUGUUAAGAAAGCCGUUGGUCUAGGAGGAUGGCAUUGGCUGGUUCUUACAAAUGGUAUUGAAGUGAAGUUACAAAGAAAUGCUCUCAGUGUGAUUGAAGCACCCACGGGUAACGAGGAAGAUGAUGACCUGGAAUUUGAAAAUAUGCAGUGGAAUGGAUCUGAUAUGGCAUCCGACGACACACAGAAGUCCCACAAACCGAGGCACAGAAUGCAUAGAACAUUGGGAUCAUCUCAUCACAAGACCAUGAGUAGGUCCUUCUCUGGCGAUUCACACUCAAAGGGGUCCGUUUCUAUGCCUCAUGGGUCCGCGGUGGACUUGAGCAAACUUGAAAUGGCUGCAUUGUGGAGAUAUUGGCGACAUUUUAAUCUUGUGGAUGCGGUCCCAAAUCCAUCAAAAGAGCAGCUAGUAGACAUUGUUCAAAGGCAUUUCAUGUCGCAGCAAAUAGACGAGUUGCAAGUGAUUAUGGGAUUUGUACAAGCUGCAAAGAGGCUGAAGACGGUGUGCAAAUGAGAUGAAAUGAAGCGAGAAAUGAUAUUUGAAAAGUUCAAGUGUUUAUGCUAACAAAGAUAAUGUAUGUAAUAUCCACUUCCCAUCGUAUUAUGUUAUCGGUCAUUUGUAACUUUCUGAUAUAGUAGAGUAGGUUAGUAAUUUGAGGUUAUAGAGGUUCUUACUCUUUUGUAGCCACCCCCAGUUGUGUAGAUAUAAAUGACAUUUGCAACUGGAUCAUAGGGAAGUCUCCACGGCUUUCUUUUCAACUUGAUUCAAUGUAUUGCUGACCUGGGAAGUGGGUUUUCAGAGACCUUAAUGUGUACAUAUCUUAUUAGUUUCUUUCAACUUUUAUUUCUCCU